AGCAGCGUGGCGGAAGGAAAUGGAUAAGGAGCUGCUAGUUAACACGAGAAAGAAGAGGGCAAAUGCCGGCUCACGGCUGAAACAACUGCUCUCUGCUGAGGUUCCGGAGGAAGAUGUUGAUUUGUUGUUUGUGGAAGAUGAAGACGAUGUUGAAUAUGGUGAGGAAGAACAGGAUGAAGAAGACGAUGAAGAUGAAGAGGGUGAAGAAGCGGGAGAGUCUGAGGGAGGAGCUGCUGGCGAGCACACGAGAGAAGGUACUACUGGGGCUCAGGCUGAUGAUGAGGGAUCUGAGGAUGAAGCAGAAGGAGAAUCGCAAGAUGACGAUAUGUUCAGUGAUUCGUCUGAAGAGUCGUCCGAAGAAGAUAGCGAUGCUGGAGAGAAGGAACUAGAGAAACAGGAAAGGGUUCAGCGGAGCAAGAAGAAACAUGUGAUACAGAAGAUUAGGCAGCCUGCAUUGCCCAAACCUAAGGUGAAGAAGGUUUACGAACGUGCCAAAGCUGAUUCUCUACUGUCCCAGAAUCGUCGUCAAUCGUCGAGAACCAUUGCUGUUCAGAACAAACUGGUGCUUGCAGAAAAGUUGCGAGAUGAGGAGAAACGGAGGGCCAGUGCCAAACCUGUGGUUAGAGUCGAGUAUAGAGAGAUGACUCAGGAAGAGAGAUUGGCUGAGGCUAUCGAGACUGAAAAGUAUAACGUUAGUACGCUAAACAAGUACCAAGAACAAGAGGUCGAUAAACAGAAGAAAAGACGUGAACAGAUGAUGAACAAGAGAAGGAAAUUGACGGAUGUUAUGACUAUAAAGACGUAUGUCAAAUACGUGGAGAUUGAAGAGGAACGUGAGUUGGAGAAGUUCUUGUUGACUAGAGAUGUACUGAAGAAAAGAGAGCGUCGUGGUAGAAGAAGUGAAAGACAAAAACGUGAAGAAGAAGAGGCACUCAGGAAGGAAAAGGAGUUGAAACAUCGUUGGGAAUUGUUGAAUAAUCCUGAUAAACCCGCAAUCCAAGUUGAAAACGAACCUAUUUCAUCCGUCCAAGACGAGUUGAAGGCGAAUACUGAAACGCAAGAUGCUGUCCAAGUGCUUACAGAUGGAGAUAAUGACGUUGACAUGAAGGACUUAAACCCUAAUGAUGUGUCUUCUAAACCAAACGACAUAUUGAAUGGAUCGAAUAGUGACUUGGAAUCUAAACAAGGAGAUGAAUCCAACAUUAAAGAUGAAACUCUGAGAGAAGAGGAGAAACAACACAAAGAACAACCUCUAGAGGAAGAGAAAGAAGACCAUGCGGUUAAUAUUGUUAAAGAAGAGAUGCAUGAAGGAGAUGAAGACGAUCUGGAAGGUGCGAAGGAAAAUAUUGACGUUGUGAAAGAAGAUAGUAACGAAGAUGUUAAGGAUGAUGCAAAGGAUGAUGUGAGGGAUGAUGUGAAGGAUGAUGUGAAGGAAGAUGUGAAGGAAGAUGUGAAUAAUGAUGCGAGCGGUGGUAUGAAAAAGGAUCUGCAAGAAGAGACUAACAAUGAGACCAAGGAAGACAAACCUGAGAACAAACCUGACGAUGACAUUGAAAUGGAAUCUCAAGAUAAGACUUAUUCACAAGAAUCAAAAAAUGAUAAUGACAAUAAUAAUGACGGUGAUGUUAAAGAGAUGAAUACGGGUGAAUUAGAUGUUGACAAAUCAAAUGAUCAACCUCCACUCGAAGGAGAUAAUCAAGAAGAAACAAAGACACAACAAGAAGGUGGAUCCCAGGAGUCAAAGGAGGACACCAAAACAUCCCAAACAGAUGAUAAAUCAGUGUCAUUAGACGUAUCUGAGCCGAUUAUCUAUGAAGGUCCUAAACAAAAAGUUGGUGUUAACGUCAUUGCAUUUGAGCACAAAUAUUCGCUCUUAAAACUACGAUCCCUCAUGUUUGGCGACCAGUCUACUAUGCCUCUGAAUCGUCGAUCUUUGGAAACGGAGCCGGUUGCUCGCAUCAAACUGGAUCCAGAUCUGUUGAGUGAAAGAUCUAUGAUCAAUACAUCCAUACAACCAAUAGAUUUCUCCAUCUUGGAUACGUUUCCCGAGUUUGGUGACUUCAACAAGAAGAUCAAGAGGGUUGAAACUGUCAAGGAGGUUGAAACGACAUCGGUUGUGUUGAAAACACCUCCUCCAUCGGGAAUCACGCUGAAGAACGGUAAUAGGAAGAUGUGUCUCAUCACAGGGAAAGAUGCCAUGUAUUUCCAUCCCGGCACAGGUAUGCCUUAUUCCUCAGUUGAGAGUUUCAAGGUGAUCAACGAUGUUCAAAACGGAGAGUACAAGUGGGUCGAAGGUUGCUUUGUCAGCAACUACCAUGCAAAGGGAGUCCCAAAGAACUUUGAUCCAUAG